AUGGAAUAUAGAUAUCGGCAGAUAAAAGUCGCGGAAGUUGACAUGAAGGAGUUCCAAAAGGAGACUCCGCAGAUAGGACCGUCUCGUUUUAAUUUUCAACUGGUCAAAUCACAGAUCAAAACCCUUAUUAGUGAUGGCUUUGACGUCAUUCUCAUUUACGGGCUUUAUGCACUAUAUGAUAAGGAGCUUUUGAAUAUGGGAUCAGUUAAGAUCUUUAUUGACUGUGAUGCUGAUGUUAGGUUGGGCAGAUGGAUCAAAAGAGACCUCUUAUCUUCCAAAUUGCCUGAAUCAAUCUCAAAGGCCGAUAAGAGUAUGAUGCUCAAAAAUCUAUUAACGCGCUAUUUGAGCGAGUCUCGAAUAGAAAUGAGUGAAUUUAUCUCUCGCACGAAGGAUUUUGCUGACAUCGUUCUUCCAAGGGGGGCAGAACCCACUGGAAUCUCAUUAAUUGUUGACGGAAUACAACAUCUAAUAAAGAAUGAUAGCGAAGUGAGCAGUGAUCAAAUUAUCGGAUUCCAGACUUCAAGGCCAGUGAAAGGCAUCAUAUCGUCCAGGAAAAAAGAUAUUACGUUUGAGGCUCUUAGCAAUGAUAAUUUUGAAAGCAGGAACAAAAGAUUUUACGAUUUGAACUAA